AUGUAAUAAUAUCCAAUCACAACCUUCACUAAGUAUUCAGAUAACUUUUAUUAAUACUCUACACGAUAUACUCCAAAUAAAUUUACAGAUUGGCAUAAAAAAUAUGAACCUAAACACAAACUUGAUUGUUAACUUGAUAUUAAAUUCCAAACUCAAUCCAUUCUUAACUAAAAUUAUUUUAAAAAUACUAAAAAUAGGUAAUCCUAAACUAAUAUACCAAAAUCAGAUAUCAAUCAAUUUCAUUCAUUCAAUCAAGAGAUUAAAUCUCCACUUAAAAAUAAUUAUGAUUUUGAUAAUUAUAUUCGUAGAGUCAAAACUAGAUUAAACUUGAAAAUAUGA